GUUCAUUACUAAAUGUUGACUUGUUUUGUCAUGUGAAGCUGUCGUGUCCGACGUGGCUGUGGUUUUCGGGAUACCCUCCGUGAAAGAUCCCUCUAAUGGACCUUUGCUCAUCUAAGAAAUCACACUUCUUCUUCACUCCUCUCUCUCUCUCUCACUACCUCACCGCCCUAGCUACUUGGUAGUUGGUACCCUUACCCCAAUGUUCAUGGUAGGGUUUUAACUAUAACAGCGGAUUCAAGCUUCCGUUCUCUUUACAUGGAGCUCAAAAAGGGAAAGCUUGUCAGGUUUUACUCGGACGGUAAAAAGCAGAAAGAACCAUUGUGGAGAGCAACUGAACCACCAACACAUGAGAAGUCAUCCUCUGGAUACAAGGUUGCCUCGUCUUCCUUGCAUAAAGCUAGCAAUGUAUUUCCAUCAGGAAAGAAUAUAUUUGCCGAAACAUUUAGAAGUCGAGGAUUUAAGGUAUUCCCCGAAGAUCAUGAGCCAUGGAGCAAAAUAAUUCUUGACCCGGGCAGUGAGAUUGUCCUGAAAUGGAACCGGAUUUUCAUAGUUUCAUGCUUGGUUGCUCUUUUUAUUGAUCCACUUUACUUCUAUUUGCCUAGUGUCAGAGGGAAUACAAUGUCUGCAUGUGUGCGGACAGACCUAACAUUACGGAUUAUUGUGACCUUUCUUCGGACUAUUGCUGACAUCUUUUAUCUGUUGCAUCUAAUAAUUAAGUUCAGAACAGCAUAUAUCGCACCGAGUUCACGGGUUUUUGGCAGGGGUGAACUAGUCAUGGACCCAAAGAAAAUUGCAAGGAGAUAUAUUAGAUCUGAUUUCUUCAUUGACGUUAUUGCCACACUACCUCUACCACAGAUGGUCAUCUGGUUUAUUAUACCAGCAACAAGAAGCCCUCAGACUGAUCAUAAGAAUAAUGCUCUGGCAUUGAUUGUUUUGCUUCAAUAUGUUCCGAGAUUAUAUUUGAUCUUUCCAUUAAGUUCUCAAAUAAUCAAGGCAACAGGAGUGGUUACAAAGACUGCCUGGGGAGGAGCUGCAUAUAAUCUGCUAUUGUAUAUGUUGGCUAGUCAUGUUUUAGGGGCAUCAUGGUACCUUUUGUCUGUGGAUCGGUAUACUACAUGCUGGAAAUCAAUUUGCAAAAAAGAACCUAAUCCUGAGAAAUGCUUCAGUUACCUGGACUGCAGUUUUACUAAUAACAUGCAGCGCAGGAUAUGGGCAAAUACUACAAAUGUGUUUAACAGAUGUGAUCCCAAUAAUGAUAUUGAUUUCAAGUUUGGAAUAUUUGAAAGUGCUGUGAAAAAGCAAGUGGUCUCUUCAAACUUCAUCCCAAAAUACUUUUAUUGUUUGUGGUGGGGGUUGCAGCAGUUAAGCUCUUAUGGGCAGAACCUAGACACAAGCACUUUCAUUGGAGAAACAUCCUUUGCUAUUCUUAUUGCGAUCAUGGGUCUUGUAUUAUUUUCCCAUUUGAUUGGGAACAUGCAGACAUAUUUGCAAUCAAUUACUAUAAGGCUUGAGGAGUGGAGACUUAAGCGAAGAGACACAGAGGAAUGGAUGAGGCAUCGCCAGCUCCCUGAAGAUUUAAGAAGCCGUGUUAGACGAUUUGUUCAAUAUAAAUGGCUUGCAACUCGUGGAGUUGAUGAAGAAACCAUUCUACGUGCAUUACCUGCAGAUCUUCGCCGCGAUAUCCAGCGCCACCUAUGCUUAGACCUUGUUCGGAGAGUUCCAUUCUUCUCACAGAUGGAUGAUCAACUUCUUGAUGCAAUAUGUGAGCGGCUGGUAUCAUCUCUCAGCACUCUAGGUACCUACAUUGUUCGCGAGGGAGACCCUGUUACUGAAAUGCUCUUCAUUAUCAGAGGUAGAUUGGAUAGUUCUACUACAAAUGGUGGCCGAACCGGUUUCUUCAACUCAAUCAUACUGAGGCCUGGGGAUUUUUGUGGUGAGGAACUACUUUCUUGGGCUUUACUACCAAGAUCAACCACAAACUUACCAUCCUCAACUAGGACAGUUAAAGCCCUAAGCGAGGUAGAAGCUUUUGCUCUUCGAGCGGAGGACCUCAAGUUUGUAGCUAAUCAAUUUAGGCGCCUCCACAGUAAGAAGCUGCAGCACACCUUCCGAUUUUACUCCCACCACUGGAGAACUUGGGCAGCCUGCUUUAUUCAGGCUGCUUGGCGACGGUACAAGAAAAGGAUGUCUGCGAAAGACCUCAGUUUGAGGGAAUCGAUUCCUUUAGAUGAGACGGCGGUCAGUGAGCGAGUAGACGAUGAAGAGGAAUACCCUACCGUCUCGAAUUCAUCUCAGACUAAAUUGAACCUUGGGGUAACAAUACUUGCUUCAAGGUUCGCGGCUAACACAAGAAGGGGUGCUUUGAAGAUAAAAGAUGACCUUCCUAAGUUACCGAAACCCGAAGAACCUGACUUUUCUACCGAAGCUGACGAUUAGUUAUGCUUAGUGGCAGUUGGUUUUUCAGAUUUAGCUUCAAUCUAUAUUCCAUUCGGUGAAGAUAAUUAUCAGGGAGUACAUGCAAACCCUGCUUGGCUUAGUGGUUUUUCUGAUUGUUGUAGAUAUUGUAGGCUUUCUUCAUCUGAGGAAGUCAUGUAAUGUUGUACAUUGUACUCAUGUAAAAUUCUUAUAGUGAAACCUUCAAGACUCGAGGGAAAAAAGCUCAUUUAUAAUAUUAACAGAAGUUGAAAAUUGGAUCA